AUGGGUGUCUCGUUCGAAGACCUCCCCUGCGAGGUGACGCUCGAGAUCCUUUUCAGGCUCUGCGACAUGCGUUCCAUCUACAACCUGAUCGUGGCCGCCCCCAGUGCUUCUCGCAUUUUUGACGAAUUUGGCCCUGAAAUCCUUGAAUAUGUGCUCCCCAAUUCUGUCACCCCUGAGCUUCUCACGGCGCCACGCAUUCCACACAUUGUGCGUCUCGUGGCUCGCAUCCGCCAGUCGACGCCGUCCAAUCCACCUGCGCCCAACUUUGCCUCCUUUCUCGAUUCAUACCUGCGCAGGAAGGAGAAGGACUUUGGUACCAUGGAGCCAGGGCCCUUGACGGGGUUGUCGCUACGGGCGACUCUACGAGAGUCCCCCGACGGCCUGUCAGCGAGGCAACUGCUCUUUCUCGCACGACGUAUUGCCAGCAUUGCCACCGGCGGCUUCCAAUUCUUCCAUGACCGGUGCAUGUCCAUCGAUGCAGAGCACCUCGCCGACGCGAGCUCGGAGUACUUGCAACCGCCACGCGGGUUUCCUUGGUCACAGCGAUUCGAAGGCCGCCCGUACCGGCCUGAAUCAGGUGGUCCACCAUCCUGGUACGAAAUGCAGCACAUGACGCGUGGUCUCUGGAACCUCCAAGUAAUCUAUGAGGUCCGAAAUGCGGCGAAGGAGGGUCGCUUGGGAUGGACAGCGCACGAUGUGGAGCAGUUAUGGGCCAUGGAUGUCAAUGCCUGGUUCGGCCACCCGACGGUCUACUCAGAGGAGGUGCUCACAGCGCUUUACUACGUCCAUCACCUUGAGGGCAGGCCCCUCGCGGACAGCUGCAUCGGGCACCCCUUCUCGGCGCCGAGCACCGGGCCGCUCGGCGAAUAUCCGCUGCAGCUGCCCAAGCCUUUGGCGUCAACGGCCGGAGAGGUGAAUGCCCUUGGCGAGACGACAAAUGUGUGGCCAGCCGAUGUGCCGCACCCUCCACGAGGCGACUUUCGCGCGCGCUUCGGUUUCGAGGCGUACGGUUACAAGUGGGCGCAGUUGCUGUCCCAGAAUGUGCGCUCCCCGAUCCGGACCGUGUCGUUCAGGCCGUUCCGCGCGUUGGGGUUCGGGCUCUGGGACCGGCAGCGGCUCGUCGCGUUUGGUCUGGUUGAUGCUCCGCCGGGGGAACUGGCAAUGAUGAUGGCGCCCAAGACGACGGGGGACUUCUUUGCUUGGCGAAGCUGGCUUGAUGAGGGGGCGAGGGCAGAAAUCGAGGCGAGGCAGGAGGGCGAGUGGCGGAGCGGACGGAUGGGAGGGCUGCUUAGAAUCACGGGAUGUUCUUGA